AUGGCCUCAUCCCAGCAGGAGCCCGCGUACGACCCUCAGCGGACAGGCUCAUGGCUUGUCUGCACAGCUUGUGGCACCCAGUUUCCUACAGCAGACCCCAAGGCCGUCACAACAUGCCGUAUCUGCGACGACCCCCGCCAGUUCACCCCGCGCACCGGGCAGGCCUUCACAACGCUUGACACUCUGCGCCAAAAGCACAAGAAUACAUUCACCCCAUUUCCUUCUGAUGAUCGCUUCACCUCCAUCAGCAGCGAGCCCAAGUUCGCCAUCGGCCAGCGCGCGAUUCUCGUCAAAACGCCCCACGGCAACGUCCUCUGGGACUGCAUCACGGUCCUUGAUGAUGAGACCAUCAAACGGAUCAAGGAUCUCGGUGGGCUCAAGGCCAUCGUCAUCAGCCAUCCACACUACUACUCCACCCAUGUAGAGUGGGCGUGUGCGUUCCAGUGUCCCGUGUACUUGGCUGCCGAGGACAAGGAGUGGACAGUCCAGACCUCGACAUGGCAGAACUUCAUCACGGAGACUGAGUUCAACGUCCCACUCAAAGGUACUGGGAGUUCCGAUGGCGAUGAAGUCAAAGUUCUCAAGCUGGGUGGCCACUUUCCGGGGUCCUUUGUCACACUGUAUGACAAGCGUCUCCUCAUUGCCGACACGCUGGUCACCACGCCAGCAGGCCUGGGAAACUGGGACACCGACGCGCUUGGUGAGCCGCGACCCCUCACGGACAGGGCAGCGCGGGACCCGCCGAACCGCCGUCCACUGGGGAUGAACUCAUUCAGCUUCAUGUGGAGCAUUCCCAACAUGAUUCCGCUCAGCGCCGACGAGAUUGCCAAGAUGUGGGCAGUCCUGGGGAAGCACGAGUUCCGCAGCACGCACGGCGCCUUUGUGGGGGUCGAUGUCGAGGCCGAGGUCACGGAGAUGAGGAGGCGGGUACUUGAGAGCAUGCAGAUACAGAUCCGCUACAUGGGCUACGUCGAGCACGCAAUGCUCACAGAGAACUAA